AUGGAAACCGGCUUGCUCAUGAACGGCGCUCCUAAUGCAGCACCAAAUUGUACGGACAUCAAUACAGACGAUGCUACCGCACAUGGACCGACAUCAGAAGUGGAAUGGACUCCCCCAUCUUCAGUAAAUGCGAAUGAGCAGCUGCGCCAAAUAUUGGAAAUGCAAAAUCGACAAUUUAUUGAACUUUUAAAAGCGGUGCAGCCUUCAAAAUCCGCAGGACAAGGAAGUAUUACAUUGCCAAAGUUUAACCCUGACGUUUUCGGUGUAGAUGCGAUUUCCUGGUGUUCGACUGUAGACGUGAUCAUGGCAGACAAUCCAUUGGAAGGCAGUGCACUUAUUGUAGCCCUCAGUAAGUCAAUGGGAGGUUGCGCUUCGCAAUGGCUGUCACAAAUAAGCUUUGCGGGAAUUACUUGGCAACAAUUUAGGGACUUGUUUGUACAGCGCUUUGAGGGUGUUGAAACAUCAGCUGCAAUAUUGAUGAACAUCCUUAAUGGUCACCCAAAUGACAAUGAAUGCAUCUCAGUAUAUGCAAGCCGGCUAGUGACUUCUCUUAUGCAUAAAUGGAAAUCACAGACUAUCGAAGAAAUAGCUAUCGCAGUGGUCCUCGCACAUUCAGCUCGUUUUGACAACAAUUUACAGCGUUUGUUGUUUAAAACGAAUAUAAGAACUCGAAAUGAACUUCAGCAAGAACUCAGAGCUUUUGCAUUCGGUAAAAGAAAGUUUGUUUCCGAAAAUCCACCAGAGUCGAAAAAGUAUAAACCGUCGCCUAACCUUAAAUGCCAUUUUUGCGGUAAAGUGGGCCAUAAAAUCGCCGAUUGUCGGAUGAAGAGAGAUAAAACCAAAUCAGCAAUGAAAGCGGGAAAGUUCUCAGACAGCACAUCAACUGAAAGAGGUCGGUCGCCACUUAUUUGCUUCCGGUGUGGAGAAGUUGGGCAUAUUGCAUCGAAGUGCAGCAAUCAAUCUUCAAGCAACAGUAAAUCCGGAUUUGAAAAGAGAGUGAAUGUGUGCGAAAUUAUCGAGCCUAAGGGAGUACUGAGUCAAUCUGUAUUACACCCGAGGACGUGUGUUAGUCAGGAAGGCCGUGUCGAUGUAAACAAAUAA